UACAACCGUGCCCCCUUUUCCUUACUCCGUUGCUGAGUUUCCCACGUGGUAGUGGUCUUGAGUUGAAGUUGCGGAGAAUUUUGUCUAAAAUUCUCCUUUGCACUGAGCUGGCCCUUAAUGGCAAUGCAGAUGACAGAGCGGCAUCACAGCACCAAUGUUUUCGCACAAUUCCGACGAAGACCACCUUCAAACAUUGUACUGAGGCUAUUAUCGGACCGAAAUAUAUUGCCAGUCUACCUAUUACAAAGCCAGCCUGUACUAGACUCGAGAACUUAAAUAUUCCAUUUUUUUCCUCUGCUGUUUUUUUGAUACUACGUAAAUUAUUUCCAUCAGGAGUGGGUGAUUUAGUUUCCGAUUGUACAGCGAUUGGUUUUAUAUAGGAAUUCACGAAGUGUCGUUUGUGUGCCAGUUGGCAUUUUUGUUUUCUGUUAAAAAAAGAGUUUUCUUGAAAAGUGAAAGACAUGGCGCAGUUGCGUUACACAAAGUAUGUAGCCGUGUGCGGCACGGCGUUGACUGCUGGUUUAGUAGGCGUGUAUUUGUACAAGCGAAGAGCAGCAAGGAAGGAGGAAGAACGACGGGCUAGGAGAGAGCAAGAAAGCAAAGCGGAGAAAGUUGUGGAAGAUAAGGCUUCAGAACGAGAAGAACCAAGUAAGAUUGCCACUACCCAAAACAGUGACCUGCAAGUGACCUCGCACAGUGAUAGCGGGAUCGGUGCAGAAGAGCUGGUCUCACCAACUGAAAAGUCAUCCGAUCAGGACCUUUCUCGCACUGGGGACAAGCAGCGCUCGAUAGGCGAUGAAGCACAAGACAUGUUUGCAAUGAUGGACACGCACGAAGCUGCUGCACCAGAGAGCAGUUAUAAAGAAGAGUUGAUUACUCCGGUUGAGGAAUCGGUGAUGCAGUCGGUGCAGAUGUCCGAGGAGUCGUCGCUUCCACCCAGCAGUACUCUACCAGGUGAUGCUCAGGAGCGUUGCGAGUCUGGCACCCUGACCCUUGAUUGGGCCGCUGCCAUGGACCAGGUGGACGAGGUACCGAAGGAGGAAUCCCUGGUGUCGCCAACUACGAGCUUGCAGAGUCAUCCUGAAGGUUCUGUAGCUGGAUCGGAUCUGAGCACCGAGACCAACAGCGACAGUUCUUCCUUGGACAGUGGCAGGUGCACGGGCUCAACCACCAGCACUGGUGCCCAGCAGCAUCCACAGCCCAUGCGGGAGUUGCCCACGCUCUACCAGUUUGAGUUCCCGGCCAAGGAAUGUGGAAGGCUCAUUGGGAAAGCAGGCAAGAACAUCAAGGGGAUCCGGAGCCGUUCAGGCGCCCGGGUGGCUCUCCGGGACUGGCCUGAUGAUGAGACAAGACAAAUCUGUGUAGUUGAAGGUUUUCAGAGCGAGAUUGAUGUGGCACUGGCAGACAUCCAAAAGAAGUUUCCUGCCGUUGACACCAGUAAACAGUACAUUGAGAGCGAGCAGAUAACGGCACCUGGAGCCACAGUACCAGAAAUGUCACAGAUACACCUGCACGACGAGAUAGUCAAUGAUGUCAUAGUCUCCAGCGUGGUGUCGGCGGGUCACGUCUUCAUCCAGCAGCCCACGCAUCCCACCUACAUGGCCCUGACUAGACUCAAUAGCUUCAUGGGUAACUGCUACAGUCAGGUGGAUCUGACCCCACCCCUCCCAAGGCCCAUUGAAGUCGGCGUUAUCUGUGCCGCUCCCAUGAUGCAAGGCUGGUACCGUGCCCAGAUCGUGGACGUCUACCCGGACACGGACGAGGUGGACCUCAAGUUCCUAGACUAUGGCGGCUACGCCCGGAGUGAGAGCUACUUCCUGAAGCAGAUCCGAACUGACUUCAUGACGCUACCCUUCCAAGCUAACGAGUGCUACCUGUCCAACAUUGCUCCUUUGACGGGAGAAGAGGACUUCUCUGAGAUGGCCAGGGUAUUUGUGGAGCAGGUCGCACAGAACUUCAACAUCUUACAGGCUCAGGUCACUGGCUACAGUGAGGAUGGCAUGCCAUUCAUUGAGCUUUUCUAUACAGACAGCGAGAGGAGGGUGCAAUCUCUGAACAAGGAGUUGGUCAACCAGGGCCUGGUCACGUGGUACGAGGAAGGCAUGGAGGAAUCACCCAUAGACGCCAGCUUCGUGUCAGAGGUAGACCAAACAUCCCAGUAAAGUCAGAUUAGAACCAGUAUUGAGAAGUAGGUGGACUUUAAGCAAAGCCUCAUAUUUAUUGGACUAGCUCACCUGGGGACAGUCUCGGAAGCAGCUCGGAAGAGCUACUUUUUGACAAAUUAAUUAAUUGAUGGUCGAUUUCAUUUUUGGAAUAUUACCCAGAUCUGUUGCCUAAUGAGAGUUAACCACUUUGGUUAGAAUCACUGACAGUUCCUAAUGAAUUUCUUUCCAAUGUAUAGCUCAUUUUUAAGUAGCAUUUCCUGUGCUAUUUUUUGAGUUUCAUCCUGUGCAAAAACAUAUUCCUUUUCUAAAUUGCUAUUUUUCUAGCAAUACAAAAGUUGUUCAUUUUUUAGCGACACAUAGACUGGGAAAAAAAAAAAAAAGGCCCAUGUUAAUAGUUGUUGAAUCAUUACUUUACAAAUUUCUGUUCUUGCGGGAUAUGCUGGUUCCCGUUCCACGAUCAGUAUCAAUAAUGUACGAACUGGGAGCCAGUCUGUUCGCAAGGCUGAUCUGUUUGUGCCCAAAAUAAAAACCAUUUUUCAAUGGAGGGUUUUUGGUUGGAAUAAAGAGUACAAGUUCGAAAAUUUAUCUAGAGAAACAAAAAUAUCUUUGUAGAUGUGCAUGGAAAAUGUAACUUUAGAAGUGUUUAUAAAAUCUAAACCAUACGUUGCAACUAAAUUCUCAUCUCUACGAUUGUGUUACACGUCGCAAGACCGCAUUUUUUUCUGAACAAUGAGCGAGUUCAGUUUUCUUUGCCCUGAAAAUGUUUUGUCUCAUUCCAACUAUGCUGUUUCUCUCUCUAAAAAAAAAAAAAAUACUUUCUCAAUAAUUUUAUGAAGUGAAGUGAAAUUUUCAAGGUGCAGCUUUGUUCAGAAGUAAUUAGAUUUAGUUCAGAUUUAGCGAUAUGUAAAUAAAAUAUUACAAAUUCAGGUCUACCGUUUUUUUUUGUAAAUACAUUUUGUUAAGCUUUUUUUUGUUAAGCUUUUUUUGUUGUCUUUUUUAAAUUUGGUGGUUGGCUAAGAUAUUUUGAGGCGGGCUAAGAGAUAUUUUUUUAUUUCAAUUUAGAUUGUUGUGAUUCCCAUUGUCCGGCCUAACAGUAAGAUAUGGUGCAGAAACCAUACAUGUAGUUAGUCAAAAAAAUUUGGACUCUCAAUACUGUGUAUGAGAGUCCCAAAACUUAAUGCAAUACAAGAAAAUGGACUGGCACCUGAAACAACCAGUCCAACACAGCUUUAGUACUGCAUCAAUCAACUGUGCCAAAAGAAACACGUGGCAAGUUAGGAACUAGUCUCUAUUUACUACACAUUUCUCCAUAAUCAGUCACCAGACUAAUGACACUGAAUGAAGAGGUCAGUCUUUUCAAAUAGUUGGACCAUGGUUGGACAUGUACCAGCCUAGUCUUUAGCCUCAUUUUGAAAUCGCCCUCUCAUGUGAAAAAUAUUGAAGACUGAAAAAAAUUUCUCCUUCAAACUUGAUUUGUGAAAUACUGAGGACCUUUUCUUUGCCCAAUGAAAAUUUUGGCCCGGUUUAGUUUUGCACGUUUCAGAGCACUCCAGGUCCCGGUCUGACAUGUAGUGUGAUAAAGAUUUACCUCAGAGAUGCAAUAAUUAAAUGAAAUUCGAAAAUACCUAAGAUAGUGUAUACCCCUUUCUAUUGGUCGAGAGCCCAUCACAUGGGUGGUUUUAAAUGGUUGAUAAAACACCAACUGGUUUUAAACAAGUCCAGCUAGGGGCCUGGUUGCGGAUUAUGGCCCUCGCCUUUGUUUAAACAGGCCAAGCACAUAUUUAUUCCUUAAAAGUCUUAUCAUGUGCCACAUGGUAAAAACUAAUUUCACAGAAAAUCAUGCAAUUUGAGAAGUUAUAAACUUCAGAUUUUUUUUUUAUUCCAUUGUGAUUACUCAAACUGGUAAAUGUCCGGUCACGAAUACUUAAUCGUGAAGCCCUUUAUUCAGUUAUGAAAUUCUUUUUCACUGCUUUGCAAGAAUUGCGAAUUUGUUAGAAAGAAUAAAAAAUUGUAUCCUUGCUUUUGACCUAUCACCUUUUUUUCUUUUCAUUCCACGUAGUUAAGAACUAGAAGAACCUUAUUUGUACCAAAGUUUUUGUUUCAAGUUUAAACUAAGUAUUCAUUGUAAGAAAUGAUGAAAAGGCUCCUUGGGGGAAAAAAAACCCAUCUGGGAUUCUGCCAAACUAAAUGCUGCUUUAAGUUUUACCCAUUAAUUAAUCACUUUCCAUUUUGUUGGUUACUAAACUCGAACAAUCUCCAAAAUAAAUAUAAAACACCAAACUAAGUUUGAUUAAAAUAACUUUGUUAGAAAACAUCUUGGAAUGGUAAAUUUCGAAAUGGUAAAAUGCAUAUAGAAAGGUAUAUUGUAACCGAAGUUGUUAAAUUUACUAGAUGUCUGUUUAAUUUCUGCUUUCAAAUGGGGUUGUCGAUCUUCGAGUAAAUCAGUAUUUGAUUAUUCAAAACUACGUUUGACCGAAUAUUUGAAACUCGGCGGUCGAGUUUACACAUGCCAGCUUCAACUGCAUGCUGUACCCGUAAAAGCAUUUUCAAAAAGUGUUUUUGAUUUAAAGAAUAUGAUGUCAUUGACAAAAAGUAAUGCAUAUAAUACCGAUAAUUGCAAUAUUCAAGACAAUUUGAAAUGGAAUCAAACGGGAAUUGAUUACCAUAUAUGUUUGAGUACAUCGUAUUUUUAUUUUUUGUUCAAAGGAAAGGAUCACUGUCUUAGUUUCCACGGAGUGAUCAUGUUUGUAAAAGAUUAAAAAAAACAACUUUUUGGCAAGGAUUAAAGUUUUGUAGCAAAAUAUUCAAUGUUCACACGGAAUGACAAAAAAAAAUGGAGUUAAAAAUAACACAAAUUUCUUGAUAUUGAAUUUCAAAUUCAUGCACAAGCAAGGACGCAGAAUCUAUAAUGAUAGUAGAUAAAGAUAAGUGUUUCAAUGUGUAAAAGGUCAAGCCAGAUUUAUUCUCUGUGUAAAUCUCAAUAAAUGCAAAGUCGCUUUAAUAGCAAAAGUAA